AUGAAUCAAUUCGAUCAUUUAUUUCGACGCUUCGUGGUCAGUCAACAAUUUGUGAGAGGUUGGGGUAAUCCUCAACAUUUACAAGAAUUAUAUUAUUAUCGUCGAGAAAAGGUUGGUAUUCGUGAACAAUGUUAUAAAUUAGUACCAUCGAAUUAUCCGAUUGAAAUUCUCAAAGAAGAAGUGUCAAAAAAUCAAUUGAUUAUUACCGGUCAAUUCAUUAGUCCGUUAUCAUAUUAUUUGAGUCAUUUAUUUGUACCGGAAAUAGUCAAAGCAAAAUUUAGACUUAUCUUACCCAAAGAUCAUAAGCUUGGUAUUGACCAAAUACCGAUAGCAAUUAAUUAUCCGGGAACUGGAGAUCAUAACUUUGGACGUCGACACUAUCUAAAUGCAACACCAUUAUUGAACGGUUAUCGGGUGGCAUCAAUUAUACUUGAAAAUCCAUACUAUGGAAGCAGAAAACCGGCCGAUCAAUUUCGAUCAUCUUUGUUCUAUGUGACAGACUUGUUCGUUAUGGGUGGAGCGUUGGUGCUCGAAUCUUUAGCUUUAUUACAUUGGUGUGAGCGGAUGAAGUUAGCACCAGUUGUAUUACAUGGAUUUUCUUUAGGAAGUCAUAUGGCAUCGUUAGCUUUUACAAAUUAUCCGAAGCCGUUAUCUCUCGUUUCUUGUCUUUCGUGGUCGACAUCUUCAACAGUAUUUUGUGAGGGCGUUAUUUCAAAAAACAUACCCUGGCAUUUAUUGAGCAAACAAUUUUAUGAAAAUAAAGCCUAUCGUACAUUUUAUGAUGAGUUAAGUGCGAAAGAACAAAAAAUGAAAUUAGAAAACAUUGUUACGCAGAAUAUUCAUCCACCUGCUCAAAAAUUUCAUCAACCAACGACUAAUAACACCAAAAAAUCCCCAUCGUUUGAUAUAGUGAAAGAUUUUAUGAGAUUAUUAAUGGAUGAAUUUACACACUUGAAAAAUUAUUCGUUGCCCUAUGAGUCAAAUUUGUCAAAUGCACUAUUUAUUGUAGCGACAAACGACGGCUAUGUGUUGAGAAAUGGAACAACACACAUGUCGGACCUUUGGCCAAAUUGCCACGUUCGUUAUAUUAAUCAUGGACAUAUUAGUGGUUUUUUAUUCAAUCAAAGUCUGUUUCAUAAAGCGACUGUUGAAAUGUUAGAAAAACAAAAAUCUUUCUAUAAAGAUAAUCGGAUACCAACAUCAUUAGUCUCUGGCUGA